AUGCGCGUUGGAACCACCACCCCCGUCGUCGCCGUGGCUGCGGCCGCCGCAGCCAUCGCCAACCUGCCCUCGGCCUCUGCAGUGCCGCACCAGCAGAGCCUGUACAACGGGUACAACGGUCUUGCCGGCCCUGCGGCCGAGUUCUACGAUGACAGCAUCCCGUCGCGCGUCUCGCACGGCGUGUGGUCGACGCUGACCUCGCUGUUCGGCCAGUCGCACAACCCGGUCCAAGUCAUCAAGUCGGCCCCGGGCGUCUCGAUGCUUUCGUCGGGCUUCCCCACUGCGGAUGCCGACAGUGUGGCUGCUCCGCGCUUCGUGCUGUACGGCGACCAGGAUGUGGCGGGCCAGUCGUACGGCGCCCCGCCCUACUGGAACAUCACCGGCUUCAACGUGUUCAACCUGGCCUUCUGGACGGUCAAGUACGGCGUGGCGGACAAUGCAGCCAAGUUUGCGGCCAAGAGCGAUGCGGAUAAGAAGUGGUUCAAGUCGCGCUACGCCGGCGCCGGGAUGAAGCUCAUGGUCAGCGUGUUUGGCGCCACCGACACUCCGCAGAGUCUGGGCAAGGACCCGACGCAGCUCGGCAAGACCAUCGCCACGUUUGUCAAGAAGAACGGCCUGGACGGCGUCGACGUCGACUACGAGGAGAUGGACCUCUUCGCACAGGGCAGGAGCGCCAACUGGCUCAUCGCGCUCACCAAGAGUCUGCGUGCUGAGCUGCCGUCACCUUACAUCAUCACGCACGCACCCGUCGCACCCUGGUUCAACACGCAGAUGUACCCCGAGGGCUACGCCAAGAUCCACAAGCAGGUCGGCGACCUGAUCGACUGGUACAACGUCCAGUUCUACAACCAGGGUUCCACGUACGACUCGUGCGACAACCUCAUCUGGAACUCGGGCGACGACUUCCCCCUGACCAGUGUGUUUGAGAUCAACAAGUACGCCGGCGUGCCCCUCGACAAGAUUGUUGUGGGUAAGCCCGCGAUCGAGAGCGAUGCCGAUAACGGAUUUGUCAGGCCGAGUGUGCUGGGUGCCUGCUUGAACGUUGGAGUCAACAACGGCUGGAAGGGCGGUGUCAUGUUCUGGGAGUACCCGCACAUGACUCCUCACCGCCUCAGUGUCAUCACCGACGCCGCUGGCCUGAGCUAG